AUGAUGUCCAUGAACAGCAAGCAGGCGUUCAGCAUGCACCCCAUUUUGCACGAGCCAAAGUACACACAUUUGCACACCAGCUCCGAGGCGAUCAGGAGAGCCUGUCUCCCAGCGCCGCAGAUCCAGGGGAACCUCUUCGCCGGCUUCGACGAGACCCUGCUGCGGGGGGCCGAGGCCCUGGCGGCGGUGGACAUCGUGUCGCAGAAAGCUCACCCCUUCAAGCCGGACGCCACCUACCACACGAUGAGCAGCGUGGGCUGCCCCGCGACGGCCCCGGCCGUGCACCUGCACCACCCGUCGGUGCUGACGCCGCACCACCCUCCCCACCACCCCGGGGGGCAUCCCCAUCACCCCGGGGGGCCUCCUCACCCCGGGCAUCCCCACCAGGCGGGCCUGGACGGCGAGCUGCUGGACCACCUGGGCUCGGGCCUGGCCCUGGGAGGGGGGCCCGGGCCGGACUCGCACCUGGGCGGCCUGGGCGGCCUGGCCCCGCACCCCCCGCCGGGGCCGGUGCCCCCCCACGCCCACGGGCUGGGACCCCACGCCGUCCUGGCCGGGCCCGAGGCCGAGACGGACCCCCGGGAGCUGGAGUCCUUCGCCGAGCGGUUCAAGCAGCGGCGCAUCAAACUGGGGGUGACCCAGGCCGACGUGGGCUCGGCCCUGGCCAACCUGAAGAUCCCGGGCGUGGGCUGCCUCAGCCAGAGCACCAUCUGCCGCUUCGAGUCGCUCACCCUGUCGCACAACAACAUGGUGGCCCUCAAGCCCAUCCUGGAGGCCUGGCUGGAGGAGGCGGAGAGGGCCCAGCGCGAGAAGCUCAGCAAGCCCGAGGUCUACGCCGCCGGGGACAAGAAGCGCAAACGCACCAGCAUCGCGGCGCCCGAGAAGCGCUCCCUCGAGGCCUACUUCGCCGUCCAGCCCCGGCCCUCGUCCGAGAAGAUCGCCGCCAUCGCCGAGAAGCUGGACCUCAAGAAGAACGUCGUCCGGGUCUGGUUUUGCAAUCAGAGACAGAAGCAGAAGAGGAUGAAGUUCUCGGCCACCUACUGA